AAUAACUGUAAUCUGUUCUAUUAAGAUUUUUAUCUCGAAUCUAUUGUAUUAGUCUCUCAUGUAGCUAUAGUAUUUUUGGCUCAUUUCCCUUUUUUCUUUUCUUUUUGUCAUUACACUGUCACAUGUACCGAGCAACGAAAUGAACCCUCUGCAUUUAACCCAUCCCCUUCAGCUAGCCAGCCGCUAGCUCAAGUGGUAUCUAAGCACUCAUAUCAAAUAAGAAUUAUUAGAUAUAUUGCUUCAUUUCAGCAAAGCAUUUAGAUGUUUAAAAAUGGCCUCACAUCUGACUCUCCUGAGCUUUACAGCUCAGAGUUUGCCUAUUCUCCUUAUGCAUGAAGGUUUUUACUCUGGGUACCUUGAUUUCUUCUUACUGUUUUAUAUACUGUCUCUAAAAUGAUCCCCACCCAGUAUGGGUUUGUGUUUUAUGGUGUGUUUUUUUUGUUGUUACCCUGUUAUUGACUGGCUAACUUGUUCCCCUUCUCUUGCUAAUUGAGGACUGGAGAUGGGAAGGGUACCUAAAAUUAAUUGGCUUGUAUAGCUGAGGACUAGAUUAUUUUCAUAUUUCUUCCCAUAUGUCAUGAACUUUGUCUGCAACCUAAAUUGUUGUGGUAUUUGUGGAUUCAUAAACAUAAGAGAACCCCUCCAGUGCCUCUCCAGUUUAAACAGUUCUAAACUGAUCCAAAGCAGGUCAGCCAAUCACGUUGCAGUAUUACGAUUUAAGAUGGGACACAUAGCUGUGAUGAAGGCAACAACUUCCGAGCUCACAGCCCAAUCAAAAUAAACAUGGCAGUGCAGGACGACGCAGGCGUAGCUGCUGCUAUCACUUUUUUUUUGUCAGAAUCCAUGAUUUCAUCUUUAAAAGAGGAACGGCAGGAGUACAAAACUUUUGUUCUGGAGCUUUGUCGGGGCAACGGUGUUGCCAACCUCAAGACCAUCCAAGGACACCUGGAUAAAAUACACACCUGCUGCCUGGAACUGAGCAACAGUGAACAAAUGGAGAGCUCUGAUAUUCUGAAGACCUCCUACAGCAACUUUGCAAGCCUGGUGCAGAACAUUUUGAAUGUUCCCUUGGAAAAGGAAGUUUUCUUCCAAGAUGUUUUUCCUGAACACUAUGGAGCUGCAUUCAACCAGCGGAUCCAACAACUUGUAUCUUUACUUCUCACAAGGCUAGAGCAGCUGCUGCCCAUACCAGACCUGCAGCAGACUGCAAACUGGCUCAAUGAUUCAUCUGCAGCAGAAGACCUUGUGCAUCAUCUGUCUGAACUGUUCCCUCUGAAGACUCUGCUGCUUCAUCACAGAGAGCUGGGGACUCUCAGCUCAGCUUCUUCGAGCACAGAAGAGGAUGUAAUUUUAUCCACCUUGGCCCUUUCUACUCAAACUGAUCAAUUUAGCGAAGAGGAUGAAGAUGAGGACGAUGAUGAUAAAUUUGAGAGCGAUGAAGAGCCGCUGGAGCUGGAUGAUAUGGAGGAAGACUCAAAUCAGAGUUUAGAUGAUGCAUCGGAAGACUGGGUUCCAGAAACUAAAUCAGGUUCUCUCUCUCGUUUAUUCAUCUGUACCAAGAGUCCAGAAACACAGCAUUUACAGAGGCCAGUUCGAAAGACCAACCAGCGCACGCAGCACUGGACUGUUCCUCUUGACUCCACCAAAGCAGAGAAAAAGGUAAACAAAAAUCUUAAAAUUAAGGAAAUGAAGAUUAAAAACAAGAAACCAGAAGAAAACUUAAUUCAACAAAAAGGCAAGCAGAAAGACAGUGUUGACAAAAAGGGGGAACAUGACCAGGAGAAAGAUGGGUUGAAAAACAAAAGUCGACGGAAAAGGAAAGAGCCGACUGGCAAUGAUAGAAGGUUUCUUAGUACGCGACCUGUAAACAAAAGCUUCACAGAAGAGGAAACUAAAUGCAAAAUAUGCGAGAAGAUAUUUGAGCAUCCUAAUCAGCUGAAGACACAUGUGAAACUUCACUCCUUCCGUUAUAGCUGCAUUGAGUGUGAGAAAGGAUUUACAAGCCAGUCAGGAUAUUAUCACCAUCAGAGACUUCACAAGAAAGGGCGAGUGUUCACGUGUAAGGAGUGCAACAAGGGCUUCUUGUGCAGCUAUUCUCUCAAGCAGCACGAACGCCUGCACAACGGUCCCACCAACUUUUGUGAAAUUUGUGAAAAAAACUUCAGCAAAAAUGGCUUUGUAAGACAUAUGCAGAUGCACAAAGGAGAAAGGAAUUAUCUGUGCACCAUCUGUGGAAAGGCUUUUCUGUCCUCCGGAGAACUGCGACUGCACAAUCGCUCUCACACAGGAGAGAUGCCAUACACCUGCAACCACUGCGGGAAGGGUUUCUCCUGCAAGGGUCACCUGGUCGUCCACACACGCUCUCACACUGGGGAGCGUCCAUACCUGUGCUCCGAGUGCCCUAAACGUUUCCUUACUCUGAACUGCCUGAAGAGGCACGCUCUCAGUCACAAUGGGGUGAAGCCCUUCAAGUGUCCAAGUUGUGACCGGGAAUUCUCUCAGCAGGGGAAUAUGAAAAGACACAUGACCAUUCAUAAACCUGACUGUUAGCAGUUUGACUUAAACCUCCAUAUUUUCCCUCCAUGUUAUGUUGAGUAUGUUAGUAAUGACGUUAUCUAUGCCUUCUUUAUUGUAAAUACUAUUAAAGUACAUUCACUAAAUUUCGUUUUUGUUUAUUUUGCUGCGUC